AUGAAGGACAAAAGUCGGAACACGGAGGUGGAUUGCAGCAGGCGGCUGGAUGAGGAAAUUGCCGAAAUUGAACCGAAUUGCCUAGCCUCCUGGGACAGUCUCCUAUGCUGGCCAAGGACGAGGGUGGGGAGUCUGGCGGUACAGCCCUGCUUCGAGGAGCUCCAUGGCAUCGAAUACGACAGCAGCCAGAACGCGAGCAGGUGGUGCAGGGCCAACGGCACCUGGGACAGCUACUCGAACUACUCCCAGUGCAAAGAGCUAAGGCUGACUCCACCAGAUGCCGAGAACGGCGUCGAGAUAACGACUCAGCUCUACUUCGUCGGCUACGGGCUCUCGCUAUCCACUCUUAUCAUCGCCGUCGUCAUCUAUUUGUACUACAGGGAACUCAGAUGCCUUCGUAAUGUCAUACAUACGAAUUUAAUGUUUACGUACAUCUUGGCUGACUUCUUAUGGAUUUUAACGACCGUGUCACAAGUUUCUCUUCAAAGGAAUAUACCGAUGUGCAUCAUAUUUUAUUCGUUAUAUCAUUAUUUUCAGUUAACAAACUUUUUUUGGAUGUUCGUUGAAGGAUUGUACCUGUAUUUGUUAGUUGUAAAAACAUUUUCGGGUGAGAAUAUCAAGCUCAAGAUGUGCCUUUUUAUCGGUUGGGGUAUACCAUUUGUCGUCGUAACAGUUUGGGGAAUAGCUAAGUCUCUUGGAAAGAAAUUCAUAACAACAGAAAUUCAGGAAUCAGCUUUAUCUCGCCACUGUCCGUGGAUGAUUCCACAUCCGUUCGAUUGGCUCUAUCAAGUUCCAGCAAUUUUUGUUCUUUGCAUAAACGUUCUCUUCCUUUUUAUGAUAAUGUGGGUCCUGAUAACUAAGCUUCGAUCAGCAACGAAUGUGGAAACCCAGCAAUAUCGGAAAGCUGCUAAGGCUCUACUUGUUCUCAUACCACUUUUAGGAGUCACGUAUAUCCUAGUGCUGGCAGGACCUACCGAAGGACAAGCUGCCAAUAUGUUUACCUAUAUGAGAGCUAUUCUACUUUCGUCACAGGGCCUCUCGGUCGCGCUGUUCUACUGCUUCCUCAACAGCGAGGUACGGAACGCGCUGCGCCACCACUACGAGCGCUGGACGACGGAGCGGAGCCUCGGAACGGGUCAGCGCUACUACGCGCACUGGGCCCCUCGAUCGCGUACCGAGAGCAUCAGACUGUACAGUCGACCAACAACCAACGUCUCAGCAAACAGCCACGUUAAAGAAACCACGGUGAGCGAGGCCAAUGCGACGACCGUAGUCGACGCACACCCGCGGCCUGCUGUCAGGACCUUCCUCGGCAGAUUUAAGAAGAACCACGUGUAAACGGUACCUGGCUGCCUGCCAAUCAACGAUAAUCCUCGACUUAACGCCACCAAACGGCCGAGUAAUGGCAAGCUCGGAGAGACUCGGGAGCCCACUAUGGCUAGUUUUCUUUAAUCGCUUGUUGCUGGCGCUAGGGAUCUCCUGUUGAAUGAUCUGUCUUGCUUGAAUUUGAGAAUGUACCGUAUCCCGAGCGAUUAAGGACGACAGCCGAGUGGUAUU